GCGAAAGAAGCAGCCUUUUGGGUGUGAGCGGCGUUACGUUGGUGAUUGGGCGAUCGAGUCACAAUUUUGCUACUGCGGUUCACAAAUCGCAGAAAUCCGAACAGUGGUGGGGGUUGCUUUUGGGGCGGUAGUCCAUGGCAGAAUCGGUGCUGAUUCGGCCGAUAAGCUCUGCUUCGCUUAUCGCCACAGCUGCUUGUUGUUAGAGGCGCAUAGAGCUACUUCACCGUAAGAGCUUCGACAACAUCAGAACAAUAACCCCAAAAAUGGCACCUGCUUCCCAAUUCGAGCUGGCGCAACCGCCUAGCGACGCCAUCUCCUCGCUUUCGUAUGCGCCCGAAUCGCCUACUAGACUCCUGGUAUCCUGCUGGGACAAGAAGAUCUACCUCUACGACACACACAGCGGAGGUGAAGAUUCGCCAGGCGUUCUCAUCAAAGCCAUUGAGUUCCGAGCGCCUGUCCUAGACGUGACUUUUGGCGCGACAGACAACGAGGCCUACGCGGCGUGUUUAGACCACUGCGUCUACAAGAUCGACCUUGAGACAGAAGAGAAGCAAGCCGUUGCGCAACACGGCGCGCCUGCACGAUGUGUAGUCUACAGCCCGGAGCACUCUCUCCUCAUCUCCGCCUCUUGGGACCUCACCCUCCAGAUCCACAACGCAAAGUCGCCCUCUGACACGAACAUCACCGUACAGCUGCCCGGAAAGCCACAUGCCCUGGCAGCCAGCCCCUCAAAGGUCGUCGUCGCCAUGACCGCGCGCCUCGUCAACAUCUACGACCUGACCAACAUCCCCGCCCUCUUCGCCGAGCCCGGCCCCCACGACAUCAAGCCCUGGCAACAGCGCGAGUCAUCCCUCAAGUUCCUCACCCGUGCCAUCUCUUGCAUGCCCAAUGACGCCGGCUACGCCACUAGCAGUAUCGAGGGUCGCGUCGCCGUCGAGUGGUUCGAGGACUCGGCCGAGUCCCAGGCUCGCAAGUACGCCUUCAAGUGCCAUCGCGCGGCUGCGCCUGACGGUGAGGGCGAUAUCGUGUACCCGGUCAACGCCAUGACGUUCCACCCCGUCUACGGCACCUUUGCCUCGGGUGGUGGUGAUGGGACGGUCGCCUUGUGGGACGCCGAGGCCAAGCGCAGGAUGAAGCAGUACCAGAAGUUCCCCGAUAGCGUCGCGGCCCUGGCAUUCUCCAAGGAUGGCAAGUACCUUGCCGUUGGUGUAUGCCCGGGUUUUGAAACAGGCAUGGAGGACUAUAGCGCUGAGGGCAAGGCAAGCGUGUUCAUCCGUGAGCUUGGCGAAACGGAAGCCAAGGGCAAGGGUGCGAAGUGAUCGACUACGGCCUUUAGGAACCUGUGAUGGAAUCUUACAAGACUUGUGGGCGCACGGCGUUUGAGGUGGUUUACAUAUGCAAGCAUUUCAUUUUAAUGGACUGGGAGGGUUACGGAAAAGCCUGAUAUCUAUUAUAUCAGAUGACACCCAUUGUAUUGGGU